GGGUCGGGGGAAAGACAUGGCGAACAUCACGGGGCUCCGAGGGAAAGACAUGUCCGUCAUCCUGCAGGCGGACGAGGGGAAAGAGAACGGAGAAACGCCCCAACCCCCUGCUGGGCCGCGGAGGAAAAAACGCAGACGACUGAACGACCUCGACAGCGACAGCACCGUCGAGGAGGAGGAGAGCGAGGACGAGUUUCGCAUCAGUGAGAGCUCAGAGGAAGAGUUCGUGGCGUCAGAGAACGGCUCGGAGGCAGAAUCGGACUCUAGCAGCGGGAAAAAACGAACAUCGAAACGCAGGAAACCUCCGACAAGACGACGAAGUGCCAGGAAGCGAAGGAGACCGAAGGGAUACUCGGACGAUGAAGAGGAGGAGACGGACGAUGAAGAUGAAGACGAGAUGG